AAUUAAACUUCGUAGUAGCACAAUUGGAACAUCGGAACUCGUUCACUCACAAACAAACCCGGGUUUAAUUCCCGGCUGCGGAUGAUGACGAUGAUGUAUCGCCAUCAAUUUCUCUGAUUAUCUGAUUAUGGCUUCCCAAACUGCAACUUAUUGCUCGUCAUAGGAUAGGAUAUGCUUAUCUUCUUGAUAUAGCUAGCGCCUGCGAUUACAAACCAGACCACCACGAACAAUGAGUUUGUCUUCUUGGUUACGACGAAGACUUUUGAGGGAAAACGGCCAGUUUACCAAAGCUUCGAUUCCCAUACAACAGUCCCAUCAUGAGAAAGAAGAGCAAUUCCUCGGAGUUACAGACAGGUUGAUUGAAUUUGUUAAGUCCUUCACUUUCGAGACCUUCAAGAACUUUCCUCUUCUGGAUGAAGGGGAAGCACCUCGUGGUGAUGAGAUUCUCUCGGAUUGGCAGGAGCGACAUGCAGUUCUUGUGCUGUCAAAAGUCAAGGAAAUUUCCCAACUAAGGUAUAAGCUUUGCCCUGGACACUUGAAGGAACAACAAUUCUGGAAAAUAUACUUUGCCCUUGUAAAGAGCCUCGUAUUUGAAUAUGAACUCCGUGCAAUUCAACUUGAUAAAAUUAGGAGGAUGGCUUUAGGGAAUGAGGAAUCUUCCAACUGCACUCCAUAUGAAGUUGAAAUGUCAGAGACAAAUACUUCAUCACAUUUAACUUCUACUUGUGGCCAUGCUCCUGGUUUGAUAAGGAUGCAGUUGCAGUUGUACAACCUAGUUCAAGUAUAAGAUCAUCAAAUCAGAAAACAUCAUCAAUCACUCUAGAUAAAGAGGAGCUUUUCCUAAAGGAAUAUUGUGAGCAUAGUCUGACUCUGUAGAAGUUGAAGGUAGUCAGUCUCGUCAACUGAAAAAUUAUUGUAGUGAACUGCUAUCACAUAGUAGGAUAGAUGGUUUCCAAGAAUAUGAGUAUGUGAUUGCAUGAAUUAAACGUCUUAAAUCUGAGUCCUGAGAAUCUUUCAAAGUUUUCUAUCCGGGGACUUGUAGCAUUUAAUAUGCAACGAAAAUGACAAUUCUUUGUGCAUUGAACAGAGUUGUACUAACCGUAAAAUGCAGAGCCGUGCAAUCAACCACGUGAAA